CUCUCUUCCCUCUUUUCAUGGUGUAGACCCAACUGUCUCUCUCUCCUGAGCUCUCUUCUAUCCAUCUUGGUUUCCAUGGAAGCAAGUUGAUGUAUUCAUUUCUCUCUAUCUUCAGCGUACAUGAACAGUGACUGUUCUCUCUCUCUCCUUUCUUCUUCUUCCCUUACUUAAUCCUUCUGUAAAAACGGAUAUCUCGUGAUCUCUUUCGCUCAAAAAUCUCAACUUUAAGGUCACUGGCUGAUGGAAUCUGUAGCAAUAUUGCUUAGUAGAGUCAAGAAAAUAAUUGGUUCCUAAAAAAAAAAGAAUCAGUUCUGAUUAGUUUUGUUUAGUUACUCCAUGGCCUCCAAGACACCAGAAGACUCACUCACCACUUCCAGUAACAGUAUCUCAAUCAACACUUUAGCAGAUCAAGUAUCUUCAACUCUGUCUUUAGCCGAUCCAAGUAGCACUGACAGCAAAACCUGUACUAACAAUAACAAGACCAGCGAGCAAGGUGAGAGCGGGAAGAGUAGUACUUGCAGACCGAGCACAAGCAGUGAUAUAAGCGAUGAGAGCACUUGUAGCAGCUUCAGUAGCAGCAUCAACAAGCCUCACAAGGCUAAUGAUGUGAGAUGGGAAGCUAUUCAAGCUGUGAGAACCAAACAUGGUGGUUUGGGUUUGAAUCAUUUUAGGCUCUUGAAGAGGUUAGGAUGUGGAGAUAUUGGAACUGUUCAUCUAGCUGAGUUGAAUGGGACGAGGUGUUAUUUCGCCAUGAAGGUUAUGGAUAAAACCGCUUUGGCUAGUAGGAAGAAGCUUCUUAGAGCUCAGACUGAGAGAGAGAUACUGCAGUGUCUUGAUCACCCGUUUCUACCGACUUUGUAUAGUCAUUUUGAGACUGAGAAGUUCUCUUGUUUGGUUAUGGAGUUUUGUCCUGGUGGUGAUUUGCAUACACUGAGACAGAGACAGCCUGGGAAACGCUUCACCGAGCAAGCAGCUAAGUUUUAUGUAGCGGAAGUACUACUUGCAAUGGAGUAUCUACACAUGCUUGGGAUCAUUUACCGUGAUCUGAAGCCUGAGAAUGUUCUUGUGAGAGAUGAUGGACACGUGAUGCUUUCGGAUUUUGAUCUCUCCUUGAGAUGUACCGUUAGCCUCUCUAUAGUCAGAUCAACAAAUCUUGGUUCUUCCGAAGGUUUGUCAAAGAGUUCAGUUUCUUGCUCGCAGCAACCAGCUUGCAUCCAGCAACCAUCUUGCAUCUCAAUGGCUCCAACGUCCUGCUUUGGUCCUCGGUUCUUCUCAUCUAAAUCCAAGAAAGACAAGAAACAGAAAACAGACAACGGUAACCACCAAGUGACUCCCUUACCAGAGCUUGUUGCAGAGCCAACAAGCGCACGUUCUAUGUCAUUUGUGGGGACACACGAGUACUUAGCACCAGAGAUCAUCAAAGGUGAAGGACAUGGAAGCGCGGUUGAUUGGUGGACAUUUGGGAUCUUUCUUUACGAGUUGUUGUUUGGUAAAACACCGUUUAAAGGGUCAGGAAACCGAGCAACGCUGUUCAAUGUGGUUGGUCAGCCUUUGAGGUUCCCUGAGUCUCCGGUUGUUAGCUUUGCAGCUAGAGAUUUGAUAAGGAGUUUGCUUGUGAAGGAGCCACAACAUAGGUUAGCUUACAAGCGUGGAGCAACGGAGAUUAAGCAACAUCCUUUCUUUGAAGGAGUGAACUGGGCUUUGGUUAGGUGUGCUAGUCCACCUGAGAUUCCUAAACCGGUUGAACUUGAACCGGUGAAUUGUUCUCCUGCUGUACCAGCUGCUGCUGCAUCUACAAGCGUGAGAUCUGAUCAGAGCAAUUAUCUGGAGUUUGAUUUCUUCUAAAGGUGCUUUGAUAAGUCUCUUAUGGUUUCUUUGCAAAUUCUGCAGAAUCUGUUUAGUGUUUCUUCUCCUUUUUGUCUGUUUUUCUUUUCACGUUUUGAACAAGUUAUGAGAUUUGUAUCAUUCUUCAACAAUCUGAGACAGUCUCUGUACCAUCUUCUGAAGUUAAAUGUUAUUAGACACGAACAUGC